AAUGAGGCGUGGAAAUUAGAAUGUCCUAUUGGUUGUGUGACUGAGUCUGUCCCUGGCUAAUCAGACACCCCGGCUUGCUCCCAGGGACCUUCCUAUAAAACCGGCCAUGUUCGACCUACUCCCAGAAUCGGUCUGGUUAGGGGAGGACCCAGCUUUCUUUUUGCAAAGACCUUUUAUUUUUAUCUUUCCAUGUCGGGACGCGGGAAGCAGGGCGGCAAGGCGCGCGCCAAGGCCAAGUCUCGCUCCUCGCGGGCCGGGCUGCAGUUCCCCGUGGGCCGCGUGCACCGCCUGCUGCGCAAGGGCAACUACGCGGAGCGGGUCGGGGCGGGCGCGCCCGUGUACCUGGCGGCCGUGCUGGAGUACCUGACGGCCGAGAUCCUGGAGCUGGCGGGCAACGCGGCCCGCGACAACAAGAAGACGCGCAUCAUCCCGCGCCACCUGCAGCUGGCCAUCCGCAACGACGAGGAGCUCAACAAGCUGCUGGGCAAGGUGACCAUCGCGCAGGGCGGCGUGCUGCCCAACAUCCAGGCCGUGCUGCUGCCCAAGAAGACCGAGAGCCACCACAAGGCCAAGGGCAAGUGAUUGGACCGGCAUCGCAGCUUCCGGAAACGCUUUGAAACCCAAAGGCUCUUUUCAGAGCCCCCCACCCACCUCCCGGGAAGAGCUGAGGUCACUUUAGGUUAAAGAGGGAAAGGACAGAGAAAGCUUCUCCGAAGAGCAAACUCGGAGCAUCUUCCUGGGAGACCGGGCCUCUCUCCUCGGGGAGUGUUUUGUUUACGUACGGAACUGAGGCGAGAGGUCUGUGUGUGUUCUGCUCGUGUCCGGGAAGGCUGAGGGAGUCGGGCUCAAGGACGCACACUUUGGUCUCCUUUCUCCCCUUCGGGUCCAGAGCUUCUCACGCACAGAUGCCUGCAUCUGGAGUGUCUGUCACCCGCAUCAGGUCCCGGGAAAGCCUGGAGGGAUGGCAUCGCUGUCCCAACAUCACCGACUGACUGCACCUGCGAAUGUUUCCUCUGAAAAACUUGCUCUGGGUCCAUCUCUUCGUGUGCACUCGUGUGCCGUGUGGAUGCGGAGAGGAAGGUCGAGGAGAAACUUGUUGAGAGGAAGCUCUCUUUUGUGCAAAAAUUCAUCUCAUUUAUCGAAUGAGUAACACUCUCAGAGGGUGCACACAAAUCAAAUGGCAAGGUAAAUAUCGUGAAUCUAGCCCGGCCGACAAGACUCAGGGAUUGAGCGUUGACCCAGGAACCAGGAGGUCACCGGUUCAUUUCCCGGUCAGGGCACAUGCCUUGGUUGCGGGCUCCAUCCCCAGUGUGGGGCAUGCAGGAGGC